AUGGAAUCAGAUGAACCCUGGCAAACACUAGCUGCUUGUAACGAAAUAUCAGAUGCCUUUGAAUACGGCUCAAAUACAGCUGAAUUCGAAAGUCAACUACCAAUUCAUCAAGAUGGAAGUUGUAAUGGACUACAACAUUAUGCGGCAUUAGGACGAGAUAAUGAGGGAGGACAUCAAGUUAAUCUAACUAAAUCUGAAUUACCAAAUGAUGUUUAUUCGGAUGUUGCACAAAGAGUUGAACAAAAACGAAUUGAAGAUGAAAAUAAUAAUGGAGGUGAAGAUUGUGAGAUUGCUAGAAGAUUGAGACAAUCAUUACCACAAAAUGUGCCAAGGAAAGUGAUUAAACAAACAGUUAUGACAACUGUUUAUGGUGUGACAAUGUAUGGAGCUGUAUUACAAAUUAAGAGGCAAUUAAGAGCAAUGGAUAUUGGAAAUGAUGAGAGUGCGGAAUUUGCAAGAUAUUUAGCGAGAAAAACAUUUGCUAGUUUAAAUGAUGCGUUUACAAGUUCGAUGGCUUUGAAAGAUUGGUUUAGAUUGUGUGCAAAAGGAACGAGUGAAUUAAUGAGAACUGUUGAAUGGAUUACACCAUUGGGUCUACCGGUUAUUCAACCGUAUUUGAAAGCGGUAGAUCGAAAAGGGAAGUUGGUUUUGAUGCCGAUUCCGAUGAAACAAGUUGAUGCGUUUCCACCGAAUUUUGUGCAUUCUUUGGAUUCGACGCAUAUGAUGUUGACGUCGUUGAAUUGCGCGAGGAAUGGCAUUACUUUUGCGGCGGUUCAUGAUUGUUUUUGGACGCAUGCGAAUUCAGUGGAUGAGAUGAAUCGGAUUUGUAGGCAGCAAUUUGUUGCGCUACAUUCACAGCCUAUUGUGACACAGUGGGUUUUUUUUUGUUGAAAAAUUUGGAUCUUACUGUAGCUUCAGCUGAAAAUUCUAGAAAAAAAUUUUGAAAUUUUGAAGAUUUUCUCAGCUUGUGGUGGUAUUUUUGACACUAACAGUUUUGAGGAAAAUUUUGAGGAAAGUUUUGAGGAAAAUAAAAAAAUCUAGCAAUUCUUAAAUAAUUUUCUUUUUCAAAAUUAAAUUUCCAGAAAAUCGAAAAAUUUUAUGAAAAUCUGAAAGAAGGUAGAAAUUUCAAAAAAAAACUUUUUUGAAUUUUUUGAUUUGGCGCUUAUUAUUUUCAGAGCGUUUUUUUUCAAAUUUUCAGCUGAAAAUUCCAGUCUGAAAUAGGAACUGAAAAAAAAUCUGAAUAAAACGUUCAACAUUUCAGGUCCAAACUAUAGUGUAGUCUAGGGGCUUCAAAAAAUUCAGAGAAUUUUUCAAGAAAUUUAGCUUUUCAUAUAGUUUUUGAAAAAAAUUAAAAAUCCCAGUUUCAGAAUUUUUUACCGCAAUGAAAAUCUGAAAAAAGGUGCUGAAUUUCAAAUCCACAAAAAGUUCCCUUAAGGUUAUUCUAACUCUCAAAAUUUUCCGAUGAAAAUCCCCCAAUUUCCAAAAAUUUGCAGAUGUUCUGAUUGGUUCAAAUCAACAUAUUUAACACCGAAAGUCGCCAAAAUUCUUCCACCCGAAUUAUUAUCAAAAUAUCAAGAUAUGUUUACUGCAAAAGUUGAACCUGGUGAAUUGGACAUCGAACAAGUCAAAAAAUCGGUUUAUUUCUUUAGUUAG